AGGGGGAAGACCAGCCGUUUGUCCGUACUUUGCAGACGGGCUGCCCGCGGCGUGCGCUGCUGCCGCGGGCCGGCUGGCGGCGCUGCCGAGAGCCGGGCCGGGAGGGGGCCCGCACCCGGACCCGCCGCCCCCCACCCGGACCCGGUCCGGACCGCGGCAGCCGCUUCCGCCACCCGCGCCCUUUUGACAGGACGUCCAUAAGGUGGAGGAGAACCGGCCUAAGCGCCCACAACUGCGGCGGAGGAGAGGGCCGCGGCAGAGCCCGGAGCGUACCCUCGGCGCGCCUCGGCCCUGUGGGGCCUGGGGUCCGCGCCGUGCCGCUGAGGCUCUGCAACGGGGGUCCCGGAGAAGCCAGCGCUCGGCAGCGCGGCCAGCAGCACUGCGGAUUCCCGCCCUGGAAGGAGCCGUUUUGAGGAAGUGCGGCAGCGAGGCAGGCACCUGGGUGUGCGCACCCGGGCAUUGCAUCAGCAUACCCGGACACACGGCUCCACAGUCCCCACGCCUCGUCCCGCAUCCGAAGCUGGCACACGCGCCCAUAAGGCCACGCGGACAGAGGCCGAUACGUGUCACCCGGCUGGCAUCUCCUUUAAUAAAGGAAAGUCGGCUAAGGGCAAACAAGGGUCAUCCUAAUUACGUGCCGUUUCCAGACUCAUUUUUCCUCGCUUAUACGCAUUGUCCACAAACAUAAAGUUAAGGGAACUUCGCUUUUGCUAUUUUUUUAAACUUCAAUCUUUCCUCACCUCUUGCCAUUUAAUUUGAAUAACUGCAUGAAUGCAACAUGGGAAACCCAGCCGCGUUCUACCAUCUCAAAUAUUUAAUGAGAUCCUCUAAAUCAAAAGUGCGUUUAUAAGUUCGUGAAAUUUGUGGAGAUCAGAAAUGAGUUUUAAAUAUUUAACCGUUGCUUAAACCUCCUUUUCUUAGCCAUAUUAGCCGUAGUUCGAGUAAACUGGGAACGUCUUUCUCUCUCCUGUUAAAUCAGAUGCUGUAAUGGAUAGCACAAAUUCAAGCUCUCCGGCUCUGCCUUUUUUAAGAGUUGUGUUAUGUGUUAGGGUGCUUCAAUUUUUUCCACGUCGUGCAAUUGUAGAAAAUCUCAGAGAGGAGAAAUACAGGCUUUUAAUGCUUUGGGAAAGUUUUGGUGUUUGAUUGGUUGGUUGAUUUUUUUUUUUUUUUAACUUUCAUUUAAAGACUAUUUUGAUAGAAAAUGUAGACAGGAGGGAAGCUUUCCACAGAUAAAACAGUCCAACAAGACCUGUUUGGUUUGGGUGAGGGUUUUAAAAAUUAUUUUGCAAUAAGACAUUAUUCCAUCUUGUACGUUUCUUAGAAAAGAAAUUCAGAUUAUUGCGGGAAGAGAGACAUGCGUGAGACUUUUCUCAGAAAAUACAAGCAAACAAUGUACACCCACCAAUUUCAAUACUCUGAUGAGUUUAAGUAUUUAACUAGCGAGACAGGACACAUAAACAACAAAAUAUGGGAAAGCGCUGGAGAGAACACGUCCUGCCGGGGCAGUCCAAGCCCGCAGCCCGGCUCCGCCAGGGCUUGGAGCGGCUCAGGGAAGACGGUCGGUCCGUGCGCCCCGCUGAUCCCGGUGCAGUCCGCGCAAGCUGCGACACGCCGGCCUAUUCUUCGGUGCCCGUGAGCAACAUGAACUCGGGGCUGGGCUCCAUGAACACCAUGAACACCUAUAUGACCAUGAACACCAUGACGACAAGCGGCAACAUGACCUCUAGCUCCUUCAACAUGUCCUACGCCAACACGGGGCUGGGGGCUGGGCUGAGUCCCGGCGCCGUGGCCGGCAUGCCGGCAGGCUCGGCGGGGCCCGUGAACGGCAUGCCGGCCGGCGUAGCCGCCAUGGGCACGGCGCUGAGCCCCGGUGGCAUCAAUGCCAUGUCUGCCCAGCCGGCCCCCAUGAACGGGCUGAGCCCCUACGGCGGCAUGAACCCCUGCAUGAGCCCCAUGGCCUACACCCAGUCCAACCUCGGCAGGACACGGGACGCUAAGUCCUUCAAGCGGACUUACCCCCACGCGAAGCCGCCCUACUCCUACAUCUCCCUCAUCACCAUGGCCAUCCAGCAGGCACCCAGCAAGAUGCUGACGCUGAGUGAGAUCUACCAGUGGAUCAUGGACCUUUUCCCCUACUACCGACAGAACCAGCAGCGCUGGCAGAACAGCAUCCGCCACUCGCUCUCUUUCAAUGACUGUUUUGUCAAGGUGGCCCGGUCCCCCGACAAGCCCGGCAAGGGCUCCUAUUGGACCCUGCACCCCGACUCCGGCAAUAUGUUUGAAAACGGCUGUUACCUCCGCCGGCAAAAGCGCUUCAAGUGCGAGAAGCCGGCGAACAGUAAAGCCACACAGGAGGGCAGGAAAGAUCAGGCCGGGGCCUCUAAUUCAAGCUCCAACUCCCCCCUGCACAGAGGCCACAACAAACCUGCUCAGCUGGAUACGGCCACCUCUCUCUCCAGCUCCAACCCGUCCACCAGCCCUCAGUCUAUGGACCACAGUGGAUCAAGCACGGAGCUAAAGACCUCGGCCUCGGCCGCCUCCUCCACCAUCAGCUCUGUACCCACCUUGGCCUCUGUCCCACACCCCCCUCACUCAUUAGCCCACGAACCCCAGCUCCACCUCAAGGGUGAUCCCCACUACUCCUUCAACCACCCGUUUUCCAUCAACAACCUCAUGUCCUCCUCGGAGCAGCAGCACAAGCUGGACUUCAAAGCCUACGAGCAGGCGCUGCAAUAUUCCUCCUACGGGGCCAGCAUCCCCGGCGGGCUGCCCCUUGGCAGCGCCUCCAUGGCUGGCCGGAGCAGCAUCGAGCCCUCGGCCCUAGAGCCCUCCUACUACCAAGGUGUGUAUUCCAGACCCGUGCUAAACACCUCCUAGCUGUGCAACCCCGCCGCCGGGGCCGAGACCCCUCCUCCCCUUCCUGGCUUCUCUCCCGCUUUCCCUGAGACAGACCAAGGUGUUUCCGCACGCUGCGUGCAAAGGACUGUUACUUUUUAAGUGUCUCGCAACGCGUUGUGUGUUGUUAUGAUCCACCACGACCUCCUGCAAAGCCGGCCGCGUCCCGCUUGUACAUACUCCCUCCGGCCCCUGCCGUCCAGCCCCUCUCCCCGGAGACCUCCCCAGCCUAUGCAGGGUGUUAUUAAAAAGAAGAAAAAAAUGUUGAGAGUGUAAACUACUUGUUUGUGCUUUCUGCCCCCUCGUCUCCCUCCCUUAUGUGUUCUAUAAUCUCAUGUAAGUUUACAGGUAUGUGGCAAUACUUUAACAAUACGGAGAUGAAGAAGCGAGUAGACAUUUAAGACUUUUUUUUAAUUAAGAAGGCUUUGAAGGACAAUACUGCUGUGAAGUAGCAAAACACUAAGAGAAUCUCUAAGCAACAAGAGAACUAUUUACUUUCUCGGAUCAUCCUUUUGAUACUUGCAAAAUAAACCUUCGGCUACUACAACCCACAUAAAACCCAGAUGCUGCGGGCCGGAUCCUCCACUCCCGAGGGGACCAGCUGGAGCUUUGGAGUGCAGGAUGCGACCCUUAUCUUUUUCCAAGUGUUACCUGUUUUGGGAUGUAAUAUAAAGUUACAAGAGGUCACAACCAGUUGGAUUUUUUUUCCCUUCCCAUCUGUUACUGAAGAUUCUAGUUCAUCAGGAACUCUCAUCAACAUGUGGAUGACAUACUUAUUUAAUUUAAGUGUAUUCAUUGUGUACCAGCUAGAACUGUGUAUCUAUAACCAGUUUAUUUUGCCCCUCCUCUAGGAAACAUUGACUACUACACUGAUGCGAGGAAAAGAGGACAGCUCAGUCUCUCCCCCCUUUUCAAACUUGUUUAAUAAUUCUUUUUUGUGGCCGUUUAAUUAUCGCCAUCGUUAGCUUAUAUCAUCCAGUGUUAUUGCACUUUCCACAGUUUUACACGGUGUUAGCAUAGCCAGACGGGUUUUGUUAUUAUUCCUGUUCGCUGUUUCAAUGUUCUUAAUUUAUUGCAUGGUUUAUAUUGUUUUCUUUCUUUACAGCUGGAAAUUGCUUUAAAUGACCGUAAAAAAUAAUUACACGUGAAUUUAAGAAAUUUUGUUAAUUUUAUAAAUGUGAUUGUAAUUGAAAAAAUAUUUUGAUUUAAAACGAUAACUGAGAAUUUAAUGCGUGAAGUAUGUUUUUGAUCAUUUGCAGUUAAGGACUUCAAAUAAAUCAAAUGUUAUCAAUUAAAUACUUCUGCUAUUUUCUUACAAACUUUCUGGGGUGGGUUACGGAGGAUGGAGCCGUGUGCAAGAGAAUCAAAACGCAGUGCUUAAGUGUG